CCAAACAUGACCAUUGUAUUGGGAUGUUGGAGACUGUUUAUCAGUAGUAAACAAUGAGAAGGGCAAUCUGUUAUGCAGUCAUCGUCUACUUAUUCAAUGCUGAUAAAGAAUCUUGUAUUGCUCUCCUCAUAUAUAUGUGCCUAGCAGGGAUUUCUGUCCUUAAACAAGCAGGUUUUUAAGAAAAGACUAGAACACAAAAUUCUCUCUGUGCUGUGGACUAUUUUGGUUUUGUAGCCCAGAGACCAAGACUCGCAUUAAAUUGCAAGUCACGUGCACUGGGUUCAGAUUAAAAUAUUUCAUGUUGCUCUGUCUAAAACCAAGAGCCUCAAUCUGAACUUUGUCUGAAAACCUAAUUUUCUGAAUACAACCAGCUCCUUACAGUGCCUCAUAUUACCCCUUGAAUGCAUGCCGAUCACAUUUCAUUACCCUGCUUUUCUUUGUACCUUUCUUUGCCCUUCCACACUCCUAGUAAAGAAGGACAUGUUUAAUCUACACGUUUGCCAUCUGUCCCCAUUCUCUUUUGUUGUAAAGUGCUCCUUUAUAUAAUUUGUGAUUUGUCAACUUUGUUAUUAACAUAUUAAUGCUCUAAAGUGUGGAGCUAGAAACAUUUAGGAUCACUUCUAAUGGUGGUGAAAAUAAAUAAGGGAAAAUCAUGAAUAUCUUCUAGUUCGGCAUAUUGUGAAGAACAAUUGUGUCCGGUUCAGAAAUGCUAUUCUCUCUUUAACAGUUUCAAACGUUGCUGUUCUGCCCCCAGUCCAUACGAUACAAACGAAUCUGCAGAGACAACACAUUUUUUAUUUCUCAUGGCUGUUGUGGUAUUACUAUGAACACAUUUCAAAAACAUAGCUAAAUGUUGUGGUGUUCCUGUCUAUGAGGAUGGCAAAUGUAAUUUUAUAUAUGUUGCCAGAUACUCCAUUAGAAGGUAUAGGGUGAUGUUUGGAUCAUAUUGUGGUUCAAACAUCGAUAUGUUGAUAAGAUUCUAUUUUUUCAUCUUCCAGUAUUUUUCCACUGUACAAAUUGAGCCAAAUUGUAAGUGGCAGUGGAGUAUAGCUUAUUUCACAUGUGGCCAGCCAAUCAGAACAGCACGGGGGGGAAGAUACCUUUUAAUUGUAAUGGAUAGUGAGAGGUUAGAAAAUGGUCAUGUAAAAAAAUGAAUAACAACUCCAUUUAGUACAUAAAACCACAAAAACUUGAUAAGUGGUUUUCUGGACAAAGAAUAUAAAAGAGGAAAUUUGAACAAUAGAGACUCUUUAACAAUAAUGUGAAUAUUGAACAGAGAAGUUGAAUAAGGGAGAUGAGAAUCAACACCCCAAUAGCAGGAGUCAUGGACGAUGUAAACUAUUUUCUUUCUAGGCCCUUUAGCUGGUGAACUUUUGAAGCAACCGAGUUCAGGAAAUUGUGUAUUUGUAAUGUGAUGUCCGGUUAAAGCUCUGUGUUAGAGGGGUUGAUGAACUCCCUUUCCUUCCUCAGUACAAGACAGCAUGGCCAGGAAAAUAGGGAGGAAUGUUUAGAAGAAUAUACCGUGUAGAGUGGAAGUUACUGGUUUAUGUGUUCUGAGUUACAUUCAACGUUCAAUGCACUUAAAUACCCAAUCAAGACAGAGCAGAGUCUCCUCAGACACAGUACUGUUUAAACCCUGUUACAAAGCUCAAAACAAGGUUUGAGGUCACUAACACUUAUUCAGCAGCUUUUCAGUAUUAGUAAUGUAGUGGCUGUUAAAGAUUUGGCCAAUGUGCGAACAUCCGUUUUGUGUUAUUCUAAGAGCCACUGUCAAAGUGACAUUAAUGUCUGUCUGCUUACGUAUUCAUAUGCUACCACUCACUAUUAAACUUGCAACGUUAUAAAACAAUAAAUCAGUAAUGAGUCUUUCAGCCCAAAUAUUGCAUUACUCAUAAUAAACAGUAAGGUGUUUUUUCUUUACUGUCUGUCUUUUCAUUGUUCUUUGGGUAGCUGUGAACCUGUGACACUAGUGGACUUUGUUUCCUACUUCUUGCUGUGUUUGUACAAGGUGGUGUGUCAGUGCUUGUGAGCAGCUGUGGGCUGGUGUGAGCUCAUUCUCAACAUCUUAAAGGAUAGGCAGCAUUUGAGUAUGUGUUACUGUUCAUUAGCAUUGGGACAAACUGUAAACAUAUGUUCCAGAUGUUCAGUAAAGCUGAUCUAGAGUCAGGGCUGGUAUGUAUAAAGCUGCACAGAGUAAAAAAAAUUGUUUUAUAUACAAACAAAAUCUUAGAAAUCAGGGUGCUAACUCCUAUACUUAGGUAGUUUAUACAAACAUGUUAAGCCCUAAAAGUACUCUCAAAUUGGUAGGUAUUUUGGGGUGCUUUAAAGAAUCAGAAGCAAAAGGUGGCAGCAUAGAGACAGAAAAGUCAGGUGCCUACAGUCUCCUGUGCAUGAAAAUAUGUACUACAAUUUAUUGAUGAUGCAGAGCUUAUAAAGUCAUACUGGGUCACAAUGUAACUACUUUUUUAACUGCAUAUUUGACUGGCAAUCACAUAUCUCCAACAACAUUGUAAGAAACAAGUCAGUGCUUUUCUGAGUUAUGCCAACCAUUUCAGAUGCACAUCAUCUUGUUAGGCUGCUCUGUUCUUUUGGUCUGGGCUGUAAUACAGCAUGGUGCAGCAUGUAGAUUUCAAAUAUGGAUUAACGUCCAUUUCUUAGCUGAUUACUCCCAUUUACUCACACUAACCACAUAACAUUCAGUAUCAGCCUUAAGCUAUUUUAUAAAACCCAAUUUUACUUAAAGAUUUAACUAAGAAUCUUUUGGACUGAAGAGACUUUUAUAUAGUCUAUUUAUUAGACUAUAUAAAUUAGACUGUCUAUUUACUAUUUAUUAUAAGAACAAUCCUCAGAAGGUUCACACAUACAGCUUCCAGUGCUCAAACUGGAAGUUGAUAAACCAGUUGCUAAAACACUCCUUUGAGGAGGAAAUCUACUGUGGAAGAGCCUGUUCAAUAAAAAUUUAACCCAGAAGUUAUGAGUUUUUUUAAAUGCAUACUAUCAGUGGAGUGAUGCACUAUGAAUGUGCUAUGAAGGACUGCUUUUCAUGAGAUAACCGUUCUUAAUUUCAGUUCAGCUUUGACUGGAAAGCCCCACAGUGUCUUGGAAAAUUGUCUUCACAAUAUGAAGAAGUGCUACUGUAUGAUGAUGAGAAAUGAGUAUCUACACUUUUAAAUAAGUCUGCCAUGUCUAUCAGCUGUGUCUUUUGUGUAUUUUUUUUUUUAUUCUCCAUAUGUUGCAUGUGUAAAUGCAUGUCAGCCUAAUUGUGAGUGUCUUAGUGUAGGAAUAUCUGUAAGUAAUUCUAUCCAGUGGUUGCAUAGGUGAUACUAAGCUGAAUAUAGAGCCUUUUGGCCAGCUGGCCAUACUAUUUAAAACUGGGAGAGGACCCAAGGGGUGGGGGGUGAAAUUUGCAGGAGCUACACAGAAGUUUGAGAAUACACAUGGAUGCCCAGAAACUCCUGCACCUUGUCCCAUGGCAGGAGUACAAAGAUCAUAGGAGAUUCCCAGUCUCUCACCGACCUUAUUCCUGUCAUUCACUAUCAAUUUGUAAUGAAACAAAGAGCUUCUAUUUUACUGUACAGUGCAACAUAAUGAGAAAAACUUGAUCUCAGCCUGUGAUCACCUCUUGAAAUAUGAACUAUGAACAGCCCAUUAAUAUCUUGGUGUUGGAAGAGGACUCCUUGAUCUUUUUUUAACCCCUUCUAUAGGUUAGCAGAGGUUUUCUUUAUCACUAAUAUAAUAAUGUGCAGGAUAUGACUACAUAAAGGCCAUUACUAGUUUUGAUAAAAGUCCUUGUUUUUGUGUGCAUAAUAUACGAGUGGUGCAUUUAGUUUGGGUUGGUGUAAUUUGAUAUCAGCAAGAGACUGCAAGUUGUAAUGAGUGAACGAGUAGCAACAGCUGAGGUAGACAGUGCAGUCACUGACUCUCAGUAAUCUCUUCCUCUGACUGUCUGUGUGUGUGUUGGGAGAGAGCAAAUGGUGCACCGAGAGCAGGUUUUUCUUGCUGGUAGCAUGUCCCUGUCCUCUUUGCUACAUCUCACUUUUUUUGCUUGGUUCUCUGGAUGUACUUCAUGGGUAGAGGCUCUGUGUUAGGUCUGGAGAUUUGUCAUUUGCCCCUGCUACAAGAAAAGAGGAAAAUCAGAGGAGAAGGAGAAGCAGAGGCGAGUGGUCAUUUUGACUAGACAGAAGUGGAACUUGUGUGCUAUUCACAGUGUGAACUUCUUAAUCGUGGAGUUGAAAAAAUAAAUCUGCUCUUGUUUGGAACAAAUAUAGUUAUUAAGGGGAACUUCCCUUCUGUAAGCCACUGCAAAUGUGAUUUUUCACACCUCAGGAAAACAGCUGUGAUAUUGGUUUCUGAUUCCUGCUUUCUUAGUCUCCAUUCUAAAUUGAGACCAUAGCAGGAUCAGUAUCGCCAAUGCUGGAUUCAGUCAUGCUGGAUACUCACCAUUGCUUCCACUUUGAUACAACCUCUUUUGAGGAUGAACCAUACAGAACUGAUCAAGAUGAACAGCCUCUGAGGCUGGACUAUGACAGACAUGCCUAUCAUAGCCUUAAAGAAGUCCUCCAAAUCAAACUACAGCAGAGGAGGACACGAGAGGAGCUCGUCAGCCAAGGAAUCAUGCCGCCACUGAAGAGUCCUGCUGCCUUUCAUGAGCAGAGAAAAAGUCUUGAGAGAGCACGGACUGAGGACUAUUUGAAGAGAAAGAUCAGGAGUCGGCCAGAGAGGUCAGAGCUGGUGAGGAUGCACAUAUUAGAGGAGACAUCAGUGGAGCCCUCUCUGCAGGCCAAACAACUGAAACUAAAAAGGGCUCGCCUGGCUGAUGACCUCAAUGACAAAAUCUCUCACCGGCCCGGCCCUAUUGAGCUCAUCCAUAAGAACAUCCUGCCUGUGCCUGCACUCUUAGGUACAGGUUCUCCAAAAGGUGAGAAUUCCUCAUUGGAUGAGGACAGCAGUGAUGGCCUAUCUCCUGAACAGCCGGGCAGUCAGGACUCUCCACUUGGCUCUGUCCCUCAACACUCCCCCUCUGAUAUGCUUAAUCUGAACCGAAACCCCUCACCCACACAGUUCCUCACUCAGGCUGCGCCACCUCUGCUUAAUGCUCCUGAGUCCUCUUCCCCACAAAAUCUGACCAACGGACUUUCGAUGGUUGCAUGUGCCCGUCCUCCUACUGGAUCUGCCAAAUCCCAGUUAAAGUCUAGUGUUGAUCGUUCUGCUCAGCGGGCUAAGAAGCCUAAAGAGAACAAACCUAAGGUGAAGAAGCUGAAAUAUCACCAGUACAUUCCUCCUGAUCAGAAGAAUGACCGUGAGCCCCCUCCCCAGCUGGAUUCAUCUUAUGCAAAGAUCCUCCACCAACAGCAGCUCUUCCUCCAGCUCCAGAUCAUCAGCCAGCAGCAGCAGCACUACAACUAUCACACCAUCCUACCUGCUCCACCCAAACUUCCUUCUGAACAGCAGCCACAGCAGCAGCAACAGCCGGCCAAUUCUGGCCCUUCCCCAUCUCGAUCGGUUUCCACAUCUGCUGCCGCAUCCACACAGAAUGGAGCUAAUCGUUCCAGCCAGCCAGUGGCAGGAGGGGCCAAGCCAGGAGCAUUGCCUGCAAACUUGGAUGAAUUCAAAGUUGCAGAGCUUAAACAGGAGCUGAAACUGAGGGGUUUGACUGUGUCUGGCACUAAGAAUGACCUCAUAGAGAGACUGAAGAACUACCAGGAACAGAAUGGUGGUGUAGUAGUAGGGUCUGGACCUAUGAAAACGGUUCAAGUUCCACCUCAGGAAGUGGCAGUUCAGUCUAAAGAUGCCAUCGGGAAGGGGGCAGCCUAUGCUGUGGCAAUGAGCAGUGGCAUCCAAGCUGCAGCCCUGCCCCAAAUCACACGCUUCAACAGUACAAGUUCCUCCCCUCCUGUAUCUCCUUCACCAUCUGAACGCUCAGUGGCUGGAAUGAGUGCUGAUGAGACCAGCUGUAAUGGGGAUGUAUUUGGAGAAAUGGUUAGCUCACCUCUCACUCAGCUGAGUCUGCACCCCUCCUCAGAGCAUCCGUCCCCAGUUAAAGAGGAGCCUCUUGGGCAGUCAACAUGCUGUAUAUCCCACCCCAUUGCUGCCCCUUCUUCAGCUACACAGCCCCAGGAACAUCCAAUGGCAGCCCCACUGGCACCCUCAGCAUCUCUGCUGGACAAAGACCAGAUGCUGCAAGAGAAGGAUAAGCAAAUCGAGCAGCUGACCCGCAUGCUAAGGCAGAAACAGCAACUUGUGGAGACUCUGCGCUCACAGCUUGAACAGGGCAAGCGUGGAUCAACCGUAGAGGGAAUGGACAUAAUAGUCAAGACUGAAGGCGUAGCCCUGGCCAACAGAGAGGGUGUGAAGGUAAAAGAGGAAGCAAAGGAGGACAUGGAGACAUCAGCAGAACCACAGCCUCAGAGAAAGAUGCAAACACAAUGUUCUCAGCAGACACUGCUCAAACUGCAGCAGAUCCACCGACUGCAGGCGCAGCAGCAAAUGCAGUCAGAGCAGUCAAAACAGCAGCAGCCGCAGGCACUGCAACAACAGAAGCCGCAGCAGCUCAUUGUCCAGCAGAGCCAGCAGAAGCAGCUACAGGCUAAUCAAAAGAAGCAGCAAAGGCCACAAAAACAACAGCAGCAAAAACAACAACAACCAUCACAGACGCAACAGGUCUCCCAAGUGUUUGUCAGCCAACAAACUGGCACUCAAGUGACCACAUCGUUCCCACUGGAUCUUCUCAAAGCUCAUCCAGCACCCACUCUUGUCACCGAUGGCAAUGGCAACCAUUACCUCAUUGCACUUACCAAUAACAGUGUGGACAACCGGAACAGUGAAUCUCCACAAAUGAAAUCCAACGGACGCAUCACCCUUCAGAGGAUGCAGUCCACACCCGUCAGGCUUCCCAGCCAAUCAGCUAACGAGGUUGCUCAACUUGUGAGCAAAUCCCAACAGCCCCAACAAACUGCUCCUGCCAAACAGCCCACUUCAAAAGUACAAAAGGCAGGACUGCACUUACAAACUCCUUUUGUUCAGGAGUCAAGUCAGUCAAUGUCAGCCCCACCCAAUCUUCAUCCUUUUUUCCUCAAUGAAGAGCCCCACCCUCUCACCGAGCCUAGCUCCCCUACUUCACUCAAGGGAGAUGUAUGUCCAAGCUUUGACCGACACACUUUAUUUACACCUCCAUCUCCAAAACCGGAAUCCCAUAACCCCCAUCAUGUCAAAGAGAAUGGUUCCAGCAAUCACCAUAUAGACGAUUUGUUUGACAUUCUUAUUAAGAGUGGAGAAAUCUCAGCGGGAUUCAAGGCCAAUCCAGACCCUUCUCUCUCAGAGCUGCACUCCAACCCCCCCUCUCCUCCAUCCUCCCCGCUUCAUCUCUCCCCCCCCAUUACUCCACAUGACUCCACCCCUUCCCAUCAGCCUCCUGACACACAGCAUCGGUCCUACUCAGGAAGCGGCUGUCUGGAGGACUUCCUGAAGAGCACCACGGGGUCACCGCUGCUUGGUGUGGAACCUGAUGGUCCAAUGACGCUGAUUGACGACUUCCACAACCAAAUGCUGAGCACUUCUAGUAUUCUUGAUCAUCCCCAUUCCCCAAUGGACACCACUGAACUGAGUUUCUCCCCCCAUCCCACCAGCCUGGACUUUGAAGACCCCGUGCUUGAUGGCAUGGACUGGCUGGACUUAUCCAUGGGAGGAGGGAGCAGCACAGGCGGGACAAUCCUAGUUCCUCUGAGUUCACACACACCUCCCAGUGUUUUCUCAGCAGACUUUUUGGACAGUUCAGACCUGCAGCUCCACUGGGACCCUUGUUUGUAGCUUUGGUCUUAAUUGCUUAGCAGAUAAAAUGCAACCUAGCACCUUUGCUCAUAUACAGUGUACAGCCUUUACACAUGCGCACACACACUCCAACAUACAUGCUGUUUCAAAUGCUAAAACCAUUUAAACUGGUGUAUGAUAUUUAAGCAUUCACUUGUUUAAUAAGUCUACUAAAGCACUGAGUAUUACCCCUUACUCCCUCAAUCAAACAUAAACAUGGUACAGUGCACUAAUGUAUUAACCCCACCCUCCAAAAAACCCUCAUUAUACUUCUCAAGUGUUUUGACCUCCAAAUAAAAUGGAUGCACCAGCUGUUUGGGUGGCUAUUAAUGGGGAUUUACGCUCAUACAGCUGGUUGCUCAUCAUCAUGAAUAAAUAGUAUUUGAAUCUAGGCAGUUUCUAAAUGUCAAGAUUUUCUGGAGUUAUCCAGAAAGUCAGUGUUUAACUAUGUGGGUUACCUCCCUCAUGCCACAUUGCUGUCACUCCACCAUACUUUCCCUGCUGGCACUGAGAGACAUGGGCACAUGAUGGGAAGAAGAAUUAAGCAGAGAGAUAGUCUUCACCUAAUUUCUGAGACUGGCUUUGGAAUAGCUUCCAAAACGCCAGUGCUUUCAACUUUGCACUUAUGCUGACCUGACCAGUGUUCUGGUCUAAGGAAACCUCCAAACGAACAAUCUCUGCUGGGAACUGGGUUUGGUGAUGUUCACCUUACUCUAUGCAUUGCUGUAUUUGAGGUACAUGUUCUUGACUAAAGCCUUUCUCUUUGCAUAACUGAGCUACUGGACAUCAGGUUUGGGAUUCAGAUUUCAGAAUAUUUGAAAAUUGCUAUUUUUUAAAAAGAAAAGAAAAAACAAAAACAAAAAAAUAAAUAAAAUACGAAAAUGA